GACCUAUUAGAUCAGCGGAUUCAUGCCUCAGCCAAUGCAGGAUUGUUCCCUGACCAGGACAUGGUGUGUUUGUGGCAGGCAGUGGCAUCAGCCGAGAGAGGAGCGGAGCAUUGAUUAAGAGAGCAAGGGGGGAUGGGAGAGUGUCUUACACACACAUUAUCCACAUGCACACAGCAUCAGCCUCAACAGCUUCUGCCAGCCAGUACAGCACAGCCAGACUGCGAGCACUGCCUCGGUACCUCCAGAGCUGCUCUCCUCCUCCUCCUCCUCCUCCCCCCUGGUCUGUCUUUCUCUCCCUCGCUCACUCUCAGCCCCUGCAGGACCCGUCCGCUCGCCAUUUGGGCCCCACCAGCACGGAGACAAUGAAUUCAUGCGGAUUAUGCAUCUGAAGGAAUAACAAGCUUCUGAAUAGCCACAAGGGGAGGUAUCCAUGUGUUUGGCAGGGAUACAGACGCCUGCUCGCUUGCUCGCUCUCUUUCUCAAUCGCUCUUCUCUCCCUUCAGCUGCCUCCUUUCCGGCUAUGAUCUUCUUUGAUUUCCCUGAGCAGCUGCAGUGAACAGGCUCCUUGGUGCAGCCCAGAUCCCACAGGAUCGCACCUUCCCUCCUAAGAUACUUGAGGGGUUAGGAUUAUUUUUAUUUCUCUCCCUCUUUUUCCGGUUUUCCUCCACCUGCCAGUCUCUGUGACUCUCACAUCCUUCCGUGCAUGCGUCUCCCUCGUUCCCUUCUUCUCAUCCAGACGGCGAGAGGUGGAGGGAGGUCCACCCUAGUGCAAGGACCUGUCUUCUUUGCUGCUGGGACCAGCCCUACAGGAGCAGUGUGGACCCAGCCCUGGACGCUGACCCUGCCUUCAGAGUGGCCCGCUCUGUAUCUCAGCCCUGACUAUGAUGGACCUGAAAGUGGACGAGGAGGAGGUGGAGAAUGGCCAUCCAGUCAGUAUCCAGGCCUUUGCCAGUAGUUCCACUCUGCAUGGCCUGUCCCACAUCAUCUCCUAUGAGAGGUUCUCCUUCAAGCGCAUCCUCUGGACUCUCUGCUUCCUGGGCUCUGUGGCCCUGUUGGCCUAUGUCUGCACGGAGAGGAUCCAAUACUACUUCCUCUACCCUCAUGUCACCAAGCUGGAUGAAGUGGCCACAACCAGGUUGACCUUCCCUGCUGUCACUUUCUGCAACCUCAAUGAAUUCCGCUUCAGCCGUGUAACAAAGAAUGACCUGUACCAUGCUGGGGAGCUCCUCGCUUUGCUCAAUAACAGGUAUGAGAUCCCAGACACCCAGAUGGCUGAUGAGAAGCAGCUGGAGAUCCUACACGAUAAGGCCAACUUCCGAAACUUCAAGCCAAAGCCCUUCAACAUGCUGGAGUUUUAUGAUCGGGCUGGCCAUGAUAUCCGGGAGAUGCUGCUGUCCUGCUUCUUCCGUGGAAUGGAAUGCAACCCAGAGGACUUCAAAGUGGUCUUCACACGCUAUGGCAAGUGUUACACAUUCAACUCCGGACAGGAUGGGAAGCCCCGGCGCAUCACCAUGAAGGGUGGCACCGGCAAUGGCCUGGAGAUCAUGCUGGACAUUCAGCAAGACGAGUACCUGCCUGUCUGGGGGGAGACAGAUGAGACCUCGUUUGAAGCUGGGAUCAAAGUGCAGAUUCACAGCCAGGAUGAACCUCCCUUAAUUGACCAGCUGGGCUUUGGGGUGGCGCCUGGAUUCCAGACCUUUGUGUCCUGCCAGGAGCAGCGGCUGAUCUACCUUCCCCCGCCCUGGGGUAACUGCCAGUCCAUAACCAGAGACUCUGAGUUCUACGACACCUACAGCAUCGCGGCCUGUCGCAUUGACUGUGAGACCCGCUACUUGGUGGAGAACUGCAACUGCCGCAUGGUGCACAUGCGAGGCGAUGCCCCCUAUUGCACCCCUGAGCAGUACAAGGAGUGCGCGGACCCGGCCUUAGAUUUCCUGCUGGAGAAGGACAACGAUUACUGUGUCUGUGAGAUGCCCUGCAACGUCACCCGCUUUGGCAAGGAGCUGUCCAUGGUGAAAAUCCCCAGCAAGGCCUCAGCCAAGUACCUGGCCAAGAAAUACAACAAGUCGGAGCAGUACAUCGGGGAGAACUUUCUGGUGCUGGAUAUCUUCUUUGAAGCCCUGAACUAUGAGACAAUUGAGCAGAAGAAGGCCUACGAGGUGGCUGGCUUGCUGGGCGACAUUGGUGGGCAGAUGGGGCUGUUCAUUGGGGCCAGCAUCCUGACCGUGCUGGAGCUGUUCGAUUAUGCCUAUGAGGUCAUAAAGUACAAGCUGUGUCGCCGGGCCAAGUGCCAAAAGAAUCACAAAAGGAACAACACAGACAAGGGCGUCGCCCUGAGCAUGGACGAUGUGAAACGCCAUAAUCCCUGCGAGAGCCUAAGGGGCCACCCAGCCGGGAUGACAUAUGCAGCCAACAUCCUACCUCAUCACCCAGCCCGGGGCACGUUUGAGGACUUCACCUGCUAACUGACGUCCAGAUGUACAACGUACACUACCAAAGCCCUCCGGAGAGCGGCCCCUGUCCCUGGGGGGCGUCCGUGGAGGGGACACACCUAGGGGCCCUUGCUCCUCGCCACAGUGGGACAUUAACAAGAGUGAUGGCCUCAGGUUUAGGCCCAGGUGGCAGGCAUUUGGGUUGGUUUCUGACCCUGGAUACAGACUCAGCGCCAGCUGCUCCCCCACCCCCCAUAGUUUAGAGACUUUUGGACAUUCCGGUCCCACCCCCCCCACACACAGCUCUGACUCUGCAGCCUGUGCUGGAGCUACACACGGACCGGGCUGGACCACAGGACCUGGCCUGCUCCUCCUUGGCUCCUCAAUUUGUUUUUAACUAAAAAGAGGAAGGAGCCCAGAAGAAUCAGCUCUUUGGCUGCAGUCACACUGGGGGAAGUAACCCCUCUCCCAUGUUCCACAUUCCUGUCCAUUUACCUGGUUUCCAUGUCUAUCCCACAUCCACGCAUCGCACUGGAGAGAGACUUGGUGGGUGGGAGGGUUAUGAGUGAGCACGGGGAGGCCUGGUCCCUGCGCUCAGCUUGAGCCAGCUCUCCACAGAGCAGGGGAAUCUGUUAGUACUGGAGCAUCACCUCCACAAAGAUGGGAGCCCCCGGGGCCUGUCCUCUGAGCCAGGGGCCCCAUUGCUAUGGCAGCAUGUUUGCCUGGGCCCCUCUUUCAGCAUUUCACCCCCAGUGUGGAUGGGAGAGGCUGAUGGUGAGAGCUGGAUCCCAGAAGCUUCUGCUGUGUGUCUACACUGCAGGUGCACUGCAGCCGAUUCAGCAGCCACAGUCUUGCUCUGAACUUAGUCCCCUGCCCCUGGCACUGAGUCUCUGAGCAUGAUGGUCCCUGGAAGCCUUCCCUGGUUGUGGGUUCAGCUCAAGGGCAGAUGCCCCCAGGUCUCCCCUGGCUCCUGUCCCCUCCAACAUGACCACGAUUGGUGCUCUGUGGACUGAGCUGGGGUAAUGAUAGCCCCACCUGUGAGCAAGCACAGCCUUCUUCCUUCCUUCACCACCACCCUCCUCCACAUGCCUCACCCCCAGAGAAGUCUCCUGCCCAAACUCUCACAUCUGGAACCUACACAAUCCAGAGGCGUCCAGAAAGGCCCCUGUGUGUGGACAGCGCCAAAGACUGCAACUUGGGGUGGGGGAGGGGAAUGAGGCCCGUACAGUAGCCAUGCUGCAGGGUCAAGGAGGACUUUCCAAAAACCCUAAGAGGCCUCAGCCUCCUUUUCCCCUAAGGCAGAAGCCUCAUAGCUAAUGGGGCACGUAAAGGGGAGAAUCCCCCUCAGGCCCAUAAGCCCCCGCUGUUGCACAGUCCUUUCCAGAUAAGCCUGCCAAGCCAGGCAGCUGGGGCUGGAUGUGCUAUGGGGAGCACUAGGGUCAGCAUGACAGGCAAAGGAAAUGCUGAUGGAUGAAGCUCACACUGAUCGUGCUGCCACUUCCCAUGCAGGUGGGAUCGGCCAGGAAGGGGAGCCUGCCCAAGACAGCCCACACUCCAGAGCAGCACUAUGAUAGUCAGACACAGGGGUUUUCUGGGGGGAGCCAUGCCUUUCCCAGGCCGGUCACAUGUCCUCCAGGCAGGUGCUGUCCCAGGAAAUGUAGGGCUUUGCAUUCCCAUCUGCCAUGGAGUCAGCCAGAAGCCAGGCAUCCUCUGGAACAGCCUGAUGCCAGGGAAGCCCGUGGCUCAGAGCUGGCUGUGGAAGCUAAUGCCCAUGGGCUGAGCUAACUUUCCACGGAAGGAGGCUUCCAGCAGGACAGAUCCUGUCCGCACGAUCCUGCUUGUGCCCUCAGCUCUGCCAAUAUCAGCUGAGCCAAGCCCUCCAUCAAGCAGAACCCUCUGGGGACUCACAGACACCCACCCUUUCGAAAUGACCCACAGACCCUCCCCCCGCCCCCACAACUUCUCCAGAUGAAAUUCCCAAAUCACCGGCAGCUACUGAAAAUGGCAGGCUCUGGGCUUGGUUUUUCAGCGGUGCCUGUUGUUCACAGCCACCCUUGGCCCUUUGUGUCCCAGAGUCUCUGCUACUAGUGCCCAUAGGCUGGGCUGUGUGGGAGGAGCCAGCCCAGUCAUAGCCCCUCCAUGGGAUGCUGGUACAUAGAGGAGAGGAGCUGUGAGGUCAGUUUGACUUGUGUGUAACAAACCCAACCCCCUCCGCAGCCAGGCCAGGAACUCCAGAGCCAGACCUUGCCUGGGUUGCCUCCAUCCUUUUGUUCCACUGUCAGGGCCAGCCCCAGAAUUCUCAUGCCCACCCUGCACCCUCCACCAAGUGACAGCUCUGCAGGGCUGAAGUGCUACUUAGCUUAAAGAGCUUUUGCAAUGUCAUUUUUAUUAUUUUUCUAAUCUUUAUUUACUUUAUGAUUAUUAUUAUUUUACUUCCUGACCAAAAUUAGGAACCGGGGUCAGGCCUUUGUAUCUACCACUUGCCCAAAGACAAACGGGUCAGCCACAUCCAGAGAUUGUCUUAUGGCUCCUUAGUGCGGGUUCAUUCCUUUUCUUUCUUUCUUUCUUAUUUUCACUCUCGCGCUCUAAAGCUUUUAAAGAUGGGGCUUGGAUUUGGAUUUGACCUUGAUGCUUACCCGUUGAAACUUAUCAUUUUUUAUUUGUCUGUUUUUACUAUAUCAUCCUCAUUUUAUAUUUCUUAUAUAUAAUAUAUAAUAUAUAUUACUAUAUAUAUAUAUGUGUGUACAUAUAUAUAUAUCUGUAUGCGGCAUAUCAGUGUAGAUACCCAUCCAGUAGCAUUUAGGCCUUGAUAUUGUGCCAUUUUUCUGUUACCGAUCUCUGAAUGCCUUCAAGUGUAUAAAGUGUUGAAUUAUCUCUGGUAUCUGUACUAUGUACACACAUUUUCAUAGGAAGCACAAUAAGAUGACAAAUGCAUUGUAUAUCAAUACCUGCUACUCUUAACAAUGAUAUAAAGGAUACUAUAAAUGGA